UUGAGGCCGCCGCUGCAGCGCCGCCGGCAUGAACUUGGCCGCGAGCUGAAGCGGCCGGUGGCACCGGCCGGGGGCACCGGCCGCUAGCCGGGGGGUGAUCUGCAACCGGGCCGGGCCGCUGGGCGGGCGCCGGAUCCCGGCUGCCCGCGCCGGUGGCCGCCCACCCCUCGGGCACUGCCCCCGCCGCCGCCGCGGGAGCUCCGCCGCACGCCCUGUGUCUAGGUCGUUUGGGAAGCGCCUUGGAGAGUCAAGAAUAAAAUUGCAGGUCAAACAAUGGAUGACUGGAAAAGUCGGCUUGUAAUCAAGAGCAUGGUUCCCCAUUUCGCCAUGGUGGGAAAUCGUCAGGAGCCCAGAAAGCUCCAGAAAUCGCCACAGGGAGCCAUUAAGAGGAGACAGGAAGGAGAAAAUUUCCAGCUUUCAGGCAUGGCCGACGGGGGUUACCCGAAUAAAAUCAAGAGACCAUGCCUUGAAGAUGUCACCCUUUCGAUGGGCCGGAGUGCCCAUCCCAGCACAGCGUGUGCAGAGCUGCAAGUUCCUGCAUUACCCAUGAACCCUGGCUCUGCGGUGAUGGGAGCAGCUGGCCAUUCAUUACUGCUCGAAACUAACCCCAUGAACGGCGGCGUGAUGGGCUCACCGUUUGUGGUGCCACCGACUGAGGAAAUGGGACUGAAAGGCCCCCCUCUUUCUUACUAUGACAAAACCAGCACCGUGCCUGCUGUGGACCAGGAACUUCAAGAUCUGCUGGAGGAGCUAACAAAAAUUCAAGAACCUUCUCCGAGUGAGCUCGAUCUUGAGAAAAUCCUGGGGAGCAAGCCGGAAGAGCCGCUGGGCUUGGAUCACCCCCCGGCAACCCUAGGCGCGACUCCCAAGCCUGUGGUUCAGAUGCCACACUUGGAGAGCCUUGGUUCCAGCAAGGACUUUGCUUUGAGUUGCAGCCAGGCCACUGGGGCGUCGCUUCACAUCCCGCCCUCCUCCACGGGGAUCAGCUAUGUCAUUCCCUCCACCAGUAAGCAGAUGGUCUCUCCCAGUUCUUCGACAGCACAGGCCAAGAGCCAGGUCCAAGUGACGCUCCCUGCGGCCGCCUUGCCCCCAGUCCCGGUGCCUCAGUGGCAUCACUCCCACCAGCUGAAGGCGCUGGCGGCCAGCAAGCAGGGCUCUGGUACGAAGCAGCCUGCCCCCAGCUGGUCCAGCCUGCCUCCCCCCGGCCUCUCCCCGCCUUACUGCCUGGUGCCCUCGCCGCAGCCGCUGCAGCCAUUCAGCCCGCAGGGCCUCAUGGUGUCCUGCAUGUCGUCGAGCAGCCUGCCGGGCAGCGCCCUCCAGGGCUCUCCCAAUGCCUUGCUGUCCAGCAUGGUACCCAGCAGCAGCAGCAGCGCGGCCCUCGGGCCAGCCAUGCCCUAUGCUCCCGAGAAGCUCCCCAGCCCCGCGCUCCAGCAGCAGCCGCAGUUCAGCCCGCAGACCUCCAUUCUCGCCAACCUGGUGUCCUCCACCAUCAAACACCCUCAGGGGCACCUGAUGUCCGCUCUGCCCAGCAGCAACCCAGGGCCCGCCACGCCCUAUCGCCCGGAAAAGCUGUCCAGCCCGGGCCUGCCGCAGCAGUCCUUCACCCCCCAGUGCCCCCUGCUCCGGAGCCUCGCUCCCACCGGCAGUCCGCUCGGCCCGCAGCCGCCACCGCCGCGGGCCAGUGCCAUCUUCAGGCCCAUGGCCACCAACUCACCCAAGACCCUGGGCAUGAUCAUGCAGCAGGGGCUGGCCGGCCCGAGCCCGGGGGCCCUGGAGCCUUUUACUUUCAGCAACACCAAGCCCUUGUCACAUUUCAUGUCUGAGCCGAGCCCCCAGAAGAUGCCCUCGGGGCCCGCCACGUCUCGGCAGCCUGAGCUGCUCCACUACCUGCAGCAGCCAACGCCAACGCCAACGCCAACCUCUUCCGCCACAGCCUCGUCCACGGCCACCCUGCAGCUGCAGCAGCAGCCAGACCCUGCUUCGUUCCUUCUGCAGCACGUGACACAGCAGCCUCAGCGCUUUCAGCGGUCGGUGGCCUCGGAUUCCAUGCCUUCUCUGCCCAGACAGGCUUGUUGCCAGCUGUUUUCGUGGACUUCUGCGGCUGGCUCGGGGCAGCGCCAGCAUCGGCACUGGAGCCCUUAUCCUAGCAGGCAAGAUCCUCAGCCUGGAGCCGUGUCACCAUCUAACAUUACUCAUGUAGACAAAGCCUGCAAGCUUGGGGAAGCCAGGCCCCCCCAGGUCAGCCUCGGGCGACAGCCCCCAUCCUGCCAGGCCCUGGGGAGUGAGUCCUUCCUGCCCGGCAGCUCCUUUGCUCAGGAGCUGGCCCGAGUCACCUCCUCGUACAGCACCUCAGAGGCAGCGCCCUGGGGCGGCUGGGAUCCGAAGGCCUGGAGGCAGGUGCCUGCUCCACUACUGCCUAGCUGCGACGCUGUCGCAAGAGAAGCAGAGAUCGGGUCUUAUGGCAAUGACCCCUGAACAGCAGAGUGCAUAUAUCGCCCAACAGAUGAGUCAAUUUCAAGCCGUCCAAAAUCAAAUCACCUCCAAGUGUAGCCGGACCAAGGCAAGCUCCCCACCCAGCCAGCCUAUGAUGCCACCCAGAGCUGGCCUCCUUCAGAACAACCUGAGUCCAGGAAUGGUCCCACCCACC